AGUCCUCACCAUAGCGCGAGAGGAGGAAUCGCGAGCGCGCGAGGCAAAACUUAAAUAGAAAAUAUUUCGUUGGAAUUAAAUGAGUAGUAUGUUGAAGCAUCUUGUCUUGCAAAAAAUUCGAGUGCGUUUUAAAUAGUGUUCAUCAGUAACACUUUUGAAAACCGACAAUCAUCAUAUCUUGCCCUGACCGAACAAUGUCUCCCAAAUGUUGGUUGUUCACUUGCUUAGAAUUAUGGUUUAUAUCGUGAGCAUUGUCGUAUAUUGCAAAAGUAACGUACAUUAAAGAAGUGAUCUUCGUGAUGAUGUAUUAACUAGAUGCAUGUAAGUAUGAACGUUACGGGAGUAAUCGAGCCCAAAGGCAGGCGUGAUAAACACAAUGAGUAUGGAGGCAACUCCCUCACUAGAGCUGAGUGCUGGAUGAUCUCAGCGACGUCCGCAUUCAGUACGCCGCUUCUAUAAUAACCUCGGGCCUGGAGGACGCUCGGUUCGAAUUCGUGAGAGCGCUGAUUUCGGUUUCCAAGAGGCGAGGCGAUAAAAGCGACGUCUUGAGAUGGCGGAAACUGCUCCUGCUCAACCACCAGCUGCGGCUACUUCAGCGCCUAAAAGCCCCAAGAAGAAGCGCGCCGCUCCAAAGGCCAAGAAGGUCGGCCCCAGCGUGUCCGAGCUCAUCCUCAAGGCUCUGGCCAGCAGCAAGGAGAGGAACGGCGUGUCUCUUCCUGCGCUCAAAAAGUCGCUUGCUGCCGGAGGAUACGACGUGGAGAAGAACAAUGCCCGCGUGAAGUUGGCCAUCAAGAAGCUCGUGGCCAAAGACGCCGUGGCGCAAGUGAAGGGCAGCGGCGCGUCUGGCUCUUUCAAACUCAACAAGGAAAAGGCUGCCGCAAAGGCGAAGCCCAAGUCGUCAACGGCAAAGCCCGCAGCUAAAAAGCCCGCGGCAGCCAAGAAGGUGAAGAAGCCCGCGGCAGCCAAGAAGACCGCGCCCAAGAAGUCUCCCAAGAAAGCAAAGAAGCCCGCGGCUGCCAAGGCGGCCAAGAGCCCCAAAAAGGUGAAGUCGGCUGUUAAGCCCAAGAAGGCGGCGAAGAGCCCAGCCAAGCCCAAGGCUGCGAAGCCCAAGGUCGCUAAGCCCAAGACCGUCAAGGCCAAGGCCGCCAAACCCAAGGUGGCCAAGCCCAAGAAGGCCGCGGCCAAGCCCAAGAAGACUGCGCCAAAGAAGUGAAUCCGAUGGGACGACCGACGCUCGAUUCACUCCACCUCAACGGCUCUUUUCAGAGCCACCCACUUCGUUAAAAAAGUGAACCAGAUGCUGCUGCGCUUCAAUUAGUUCAAAUUAACUGUAACAUUUCACCCACUCGAUGUGUUUUAAGCAUUGAUGUGAUGGGAGUGAUCGAGCCCGAAAGCAGGGAUCACAAACACAGGCGAGGCGGGUGGCAGCUCCCUCACUCGAACUGAGUGCAGAGUAAUCUCAGCGACGUCAGCAUUCUCGCUGGCGAUUCUAAUCUAAAUCCAGAUUCAAAAUCGAUGCAUUCUUGACGAACCUCCAAUUUGAUUAUGUGUUGCACCUCUUCAUUCCGUCAUCAUGCUACUGGUGCCAAAUAUGGAAUUUAGUCUAAAAAUGUAUUGAUUCCAGACAGCUUUACUCAUUUGCCUUCAUUCGCUCGUUCUCGCCUUUUCACUUUGUUUUUGUUUGUAAACAUUGCGGUGCACCAUCUAAACUUCUCUAUUAAAUUAAUUUCUAUACGUAAAUAUCGCAUUGUUUGCAAUGUCUUUCUUACUUUGGGAGAACUAGUUGG